ACUGUCAGGUGCGAAUAGGACCGCGCCAUAGGCCCGUUGCGGUAGUGCGAGUGAGUCAGUGCGCGCCGUCAUCUCCCAGCCGAGGAGAGCCAACCAACGGCCAGUUCGCUGCCAGAGACGAGGAAAAUUUUUCGGGGGCCAUCGAGGUGCAAACGCGCGCGUGAAAAAGGUCAAAAUUUUGGCCGCCGUUCCGCCCAAAACGCUCCAGAAACUGUGCCCGCAAGUCGUGCGAGUGUCUUGUUGGUGUUUUCCCGCGGAGUUUAGGUCACGCGACGUCGUCUGCGUGCGGAAAAACGUGUCGAGGAGCGUGUGUCUGCCGCCGUGCGUGAAUUUGCUCGCCGAAAUGCCAAAGCAAAGAUAGUGGGAGUGGAGCUGGCCGUCGAGUGUUUGCCGUGUGGUGUCUCGCGUUCCACGGAGCAAAAAAGCAAUUGCGAGGCGGAAAAGUGUCGCCAGGCAGCCGCCGCGUCUUCCAAGUGUGUUCUGAAAAAAAGUCAUAAAUAAAUACAAAUUAUGAGUCUGACUAUCAACUUAGUAAAAUAUUCGUGAGAAAUUCAUCAUUAAACUACAAAAUUCCCAGCAAUCAUACAUCUAGGCUAUGCUAUCAGAAUGGCAACACCACAAGUUAAAGAUUUAGUUUUACGUUCGCCAGCCGGUGGCGAAGAUGUUACUUAUACUUGGCCUUUACAAAUCGGUUCAGGUGCGGAUCGACACGACAAUGGAAUUGAUAUUAUCGAGACAAUACGUCAUGUUUGCGAAGAUAUUCCCGAGAUUAAUUCGGCUUUCGAAAGUUUCUCUUUCAAUGAUGUUGAUACAACGUGCCACAAAGCCAUGACGCUACUCGUAGAUCGAUUCAACAAAACCGUAGAACAAAUUCGAGAGCUGGAAAAAGGAACUUCACUGCCUGCCCAACGUCUUAAUAAAUACGCAUCACCAUGUCUCCUCCGUCAUAUUAUACAAUUAGUUUACAAUGCCGCAGUAAGUGACCCGGACAAAUUGAAUCAAUACGAACCCUUCUCCCCGGAAGUUUACGGCGAAACCUCCUACGAUCUAGUCUAUCAAAUGAUCGAGCAAGUCGACGUUAAAGCUGAAGAUGUCUUCAUUGAUUUGGGAUCGGGGGUGGGGCAAGUUGUCCUACAAAUGGCCGGUUCGUCACCAUUAAAAGCAUGUAUUGGCAUUGAACGAGCCGAAGUACCAUCCCGAUAUGCUGAACUAAUGGAUUUUCACUUCCGCUUAUGGAUGAACUGGUUUGGUAAAAAAUAUGGGGAAUAUCAGUUGAUAAAGGGCGACUUUCUGGCUGAUGAACAUCGCGAAAAAAUUAAUUCGGCAUCAAUCGUUUUUGUGAAUAAUUUUGCCUUCGGACCGGCCGUUGAUCAUCAGCUAAAAGAACGCUUUGCUGAUCUUAAGGAUGGUGCAAGGAUCGUUUCGUCAAAGAGUUUCUGUCCACUCAAUUUUCGAAUAACCGAUAGGAAUCUUAGCGACAUCGGUACCAUAAUGUAUGUACGAGAAUUGUCUCCAUUGAAAGGUUCUGUAUCCUGGACCGGUAAACCAGUAUCAUAUUAUCUGCACGUUAUCGAUCGCACAAAACUCGAGUGUUAUUUUCAACGUUUGAAAAGUCAAAAAGCUGCCGAAGCCGAUAAUGUUGGCUCAAAUACACGCUCGUCAAGAGAUCGUGCCAAACGCGAAGCAACAAAACCAAACUUGGAAGAAUCGUCAUCUGAAUCUGACGGCGCCGUGGGACCAACAACACGCAGGGCGUGGUCAGAUUGGUGCAGCUCCAAAGGGAAAAGUAGUCAAUCGGAUGACGAGGAGAACAACAAUUUCAGCACGAAUUCAGCUCGUCCGAGCAACACAAGGUCUGGCGCCCAGCAAAAAAAGCGAAAGAAAUUAACUCGAAAAGCGGCGUCGAACCAGAAAGAUGAGAAAUCUACCAACAUUAUAAUAGAAAAGAAGCAACAAAACAACAAUCAACAGAAACGUGGCAGAAUUAAAAAGGGACGUGGAAGAAGAAAUUUGAAGAUUGUUGGAUUAGAUGUCCUCCACCAAGAGACUCUUCUGAGCACAAGUGUUGAACUAAUGUGCAAGAAACUGCCGCCUGCACCUGGUUGUGUUGAUCAGCAAUUGACUUCACUUACAGGCGAUAUGUGCCACGAAGAGCUUGAAAUCCCCACGGCCCCAUCUGACACCCCGUACGCUCUUCAGAUAUUACUAGACAUGUACCGUUCACAGUUCAUGCAAGCUCUUGAUCAAAUGAAAUCGAAAGGAUACAAAGAAAACGUGUCAAAACAAAUCGAACGUGAAAAGGAACGAAAUCAGAGACUCCUCAAUCGGGCCAGUCAACUUGAAAAGCAGAUUAAAGUGCUAAUUGAUGACAGUGUCGCCCUACUAAAAACCAGAAUGAAUGAACUAGGCAUCAGUAUGACUUCACAAAAUGACUUGUUGGCUAAGGCAAAAGAAAUAGUCGGUCGGCAUAAAGAACUUCAAGUGAUGGCGGCGAAACUACAAAAUCAAGUGAACUGCAUAGAACAGGAGCAGAAAAGUUUGGUAAUGAAACAAGUCCAAGGUAUGAUGGACAAGGGCACGAAAAUAAAAAAUGAAAAUCUAGAACUCACUCCCGCAACUUCGCAUGAAUUAGUUUUAAAAGAGAUCGCAAACACCCUCUCGCAACGAAAGAAACUGCACGCACAAGUAACAACCCUUGAGCAAGAAAUACUAUUAAUAGAAAAAGCUGCUGAGGAAAGGAAAAAUGCUGUUGUUAUGUUGAAUCAGCAAAACACGCACUUGACUGUCACAAGCAUACCACCCGGGUCUAAUCACUCUAGUCACUCUUCCUCUUCCUCGAGUCUUUCGAAAUCAUCGACUUCAUCGCAUUCAAAAUCACGCCGCAAUCGUGAACAUCGAUCCCGAUCACAAGAAUGGCCUGAUGUUCCAGACGUUGGAAAGAUUGAGGAAAACAAUCCAGAAAUUCUAGCCCAAAAGAUCUUGGAAACGGGAAGGCAAAUCGAAGCUGGAAAGUUUGCUAAUAACAACACAGGACUGCCGAAUGCUAGCAGCGCACCAAAUUCCAAAUCCAAAGAAGAUAGAAAGCAUUCAUCAAGUCAUCAUUCACACCACAGUGGCGAUAGUGCUUUGAUGCCCGCUCCAGCAUGCGGCGGAACGCUGAAACCAGGAAACCAAACACAGCAUCAUCCACAACAAUCGCAGCAAAUAAAACCACCGAAUGCUUCAAAGAAUUUUCCACUAAACCCGACAUCCAAUCGCAACGAGCCAGCUUCAUCCAAUGCAUCGAAAAUAAUUCAAGAAUCUCCGAAAGUUGUGAAUUUCGAAGAUCGCUUAAAGAGCAUAAUUACAUCUGUUCUUAACGAAGACCAGGAACAGCGAAAAGCGGCUCAGCAAGUUGAACGGAAAGUUCCACAACAAUCUGCCUCUAUAUACGGCCAAGGCAACAAAGGCAAUAACAACCUUCUCUCCGUAUCAACUCAAGGCCUAACUUUACUAAAUUCAUCUACAACCAUUUCACCUGUAAAUCCUGCCUCGUUUACUGCCAACACCCCAGCGGCUGUGUGUAAUUCACAAUCUCAACUAGCUUCACAUGGCUAUAAACAAUCACAGCAAUCAUCCGCAUCCCUUUACAAUGUAGGAAAAUCGCAUCAGCCGCAUCCAACAUCAACUCCCGUUUCGGCUCAUGCAACCCCCAAUAUGAGCAAUAUACAGAAGUUCUUUGCAAAAACGAUGCCGCUGAAUAAUGUGGCUGCAGCAUUCGCUAGUGCGUCGCACGGCUCCAUCGGAAGUGGACAUCAGAAUACUACGACAGCAAUGAUGUAUGCUGCUCAACAGCAAGUAGCGCCUGAACUUGUGUAUCGCCGCAGUUUGGAACAUGGGGAAUUUAAAGCUCCUGAUAAUUUAAGAUAUGACAAAGUUGGUCAACAGUUUGAAGAGAAUAUUCGGAGCAAUUCUGCGUCAUCCGACUCUGCCCUAUAUUACCCCUCAUCGUCCUCGCGUGGUGGUGCAGGCGGCGAUCGGAGCUCCUUAAAUGGGCAACAACAGCACUUACAACAACCGCCAAGUCGCCCAAGUUCGGGUUCCUCACAACCUGAUUACACUCAAGUUUCCCCUGCUAAAAUGGCUCUAAGACGUCACCUCUCACAAGAAAAAUUGAAUCAGCACGUACAGCAUCCCCUAGGGGGACCCGGAAGUGGUUCAAUGAUGUCUUCUAAAACAAUUGGUGACUUGGUGAAUGGUGAAAUUGAGAGAACUUUGGAAAUAUCACAUCAAAGUAUCAUUAACGCUGCCGUAAACAUGAGUACAGUAGGAGCACAGGGCCCAUUAGGUAGUAGCGGCUCCAUGAUAAACCCAAAUGCUCAACGUCCGGAGCGUGUCAAUGUGCGGAUUCCUGAAGAUCAUGGGUUAGUUAUGAAUCCUGCUUUCAGUCCUAUAUCACGACCGGGUAGCUGUGAAUUACGUAAAUCGCCAGUUCAUACGCACGGACAAAGUAACCUCGCAACUUUAGCACAAGUCGCCUAUAAUCACAAACUGAUGACACAACAACAGCCUAACAUGCAACAACAUAAUCCCGAGAGAAGUGGAAGCAGCGCACCAACAUCUUCAAGCUCUAGAUCUCGAUCAUCAUAUUCAAAUCCCUCUAAUUCAGCAGUUCUGUACCAGCAACAGCAACAACAGUCAACUAGCCGUAGUUCAAGUGCAAAUCGGGAGCAGUACACACAUGUGGCUUUACCUAGAGCUGAAAUGAAACCAUACUUGUCGUCCUACUUCACAGAUGAUCAAAAACCCCCAGUAGGAGAGCGUACUUCAAGAAUGAUGAAUGGAAAUCCACCGCCAUUCGAAGGUCUAGCCGCAUCUCUCCACGAGCGUGUGAUUGCAACUUUGAACAUUAAACAGGAAAAAGAUGACAAACAUCGUCGGAAUGAUGUGCAUUAUUCGAAUCCUUCAAGUUCGACUUCGGGCUCAAUAAUACCAACACAAAUCAAAACAGAAUGUCUAAAGCGCACGUCUCCCAUAGUACAGCAUCCACGGCCCGCAAAAGUGCCUCAUUAUUCGGAUGUUCACGAUCAAAUACACAUUAAUGAUUUGUCAUCACACUCUGGGGGGCGUCGUUCGGCAACGUCUAUGGAACCACCUUUGAUGAGUCCAGAAAUAAAUUCUCUAACACCUGAGGAUCGCGCAAGUAUUGUUGAUAGUAGAUCAGGUCGGACUGGUUCGCACUUUUUGAAACAACGAAACGAAGACGAUGACCUGCCCGAAGAUGAAUCACAUUGGCAAGAUCGUAUUAGUUCCGGUUUCGAUAGGUUGGUUGCGUUUGCCUCAACCGAGUUGGAUAAAACUCGACGCUCAAUAGAAAACGAUACUGCACCAUCGGUCAGUUGCAAUACAUCUCCAGAUUCUGGAAUAACACAUGGCAGCAAUAGCGAUACCCGGACAUUCCUCUCAUCUUCGUCAUCAUCGUCUCAACUAGAUAUCGUUGUUACUGGAUCAGGAUCGACAACUGGACGAUCCAGUAGUUUGAGUGAUCGACGAAGCGACAGUACAAAGUGUAUUGAUACGGUGCCAAUAAUAAAAACUUCACCACCGGACGUUAUUGAUAGUCCACCUUUGUCGGAAGCAGGACUGCCUCGCACACCAUCUCCGUCACCAGCAACUCCUCCGUUGUUGCCAAUAGUUGAAAAUACUUCCAAUUCUUUGGUGCUAUCAUCUUCAUGUUCGGACAUACCCCAAACUCAUCAGAAUACUUUGAGAAUUCCGCUUAAGUAUCAGAGACAAUCGUCAGAAAAGCACUACAAGAAAAAGUUUCGGGAACGACGUUGGGAAUAUAACUACGAUGACUAUGGAUAUGGGAGCAGCAAUCAGAGAGACGGAGAAAGUCGACAUCAUUCCAACAGUCCAGUUCAUCAUAAAUCAUCGAAGUUCCGACCGAAGGGGAAGGACUGGGACUGGUCGCAUGAUGGGAAAAUGAAAGGCAAUCGAGACGAUCCUACGGCUGCAUAAAUUAUAAACAUAGUUUUCUAUCUUAUUUGUUGUUUAUUUUAUACUAUCAUUAUUUGGGUAUUUUAUUAUUUUUGUCUAUAUAUUUUAUACCUGGGGUUUACAGAAUUUAAAGAUGAUUCUCCAUUUUUAUAUAAACACUUUUCACGCAUCAACGCAGAGGAGUCAGACUCUGGAAUUUACUUGAUAAGUUCGUUAUUAUGUGCAGCUUCAAGUUCCUUCUAUGUGAUCUUCGACCGAUCUUUUCAGUGGUCUGUUGAACUCGUACUUUUAGAGACUUCUGAUAAGACCACGAACGUCGUUUGAUUUUCAAUGAAUGUUAUUCCGAAUUCGAGGAACUAUUUCAGAUCCGUUUGUUAAUUUUAGGGACCAAGCAGAGUACAAAUAGCCGUUUAUACUUCUAGAAAUUAUUUGCUCGCUCAAUUGAGAUCAGUUGAACUAGAAAUUUUGCGUUUCAAUACAUGGAGGCUGCCCCUUGUAAGCGCUUUAGACCCAGCGAAUCAGGUCCUGUUAACGAUAAUGAGAAAUAUUCGUCAAGAAUAUGUUUAGAUACAUUUGAUUCUCAUCUCAUUUGUUAACAAACACUUAUAUUUUAAUUAUAUUGAGCAGCCCAAAAGGUGCGUGUAAGCCCUGAAAGCUACCGUCGAGUGAACCGUCUCGUUCCUUAUAAUCCCAACGCAGACGUCUCAUCAUAAAAUACCAAAAUGUGGACCACUCCUACUUAAAUUCUCUAACACCUGCCAAACUAAAACUGCCACAAGUAUCAUUGUUUUUAAUUUUUUCUUUUAUUUUUUCUCACUUUAUUGAAAGAAAUCAUCUAUAAAUGUUAUUUUAUGUUCGAGAUAUGCUUUAAAGUUAUGAUAAACUAUGUUUUAUUUGAAACGAUUUUGUUAGGAUAAUUUAGAAGAAAUUUUCAAAAACAUGUUCAUAUAUUUAGCUAUAAGAAAUAAUGUUGUACAGUUGAAUUAAAGUAGUAGAUAAACAUUUUUAUGACAUACACAAGCAUAAGGUAGAUGAAUUACAUUUCGUUUGCAUACUACAAGCUCUACCGGAAAAAUUCGAGGGAGAAAUCAUGAUCAUAUUAAAAUUUAAGGGACAGUAGGUUUCCCUGAAGCAAUUACCCCAGUAAUAUGCAUUCGUUCGAUUAUAAAUGUUUAAUGGUAUAAUGCAAUUGCUGAAUUGUAAUGCCGUUUAGUUAGCGAGUAUAUUUCGUAUUUAUAUUAUACAAAAUAUUAAUAUUAAAUUUAUCUGAUCUAAGUGACUAACUUAUUAAAGAAUAAAGUAAAUUUUAGCGCUCUAUGUUCUAUAUAUUAUACGAUUUACCUUAACAGUACCUACUUUAAGUAAAAAAAAAUAGUUGAGCUAACUAAAAUAAUUUCUACAAUUCUGCAAAGCAAACAUACAAAUAAGCCUUUGAUAGUUUGCUCCACGAGAUUCGCAUUUUUAUUUCAAAAAUGAUUCUUACUGUCACUACCCAGUAGCCUACAUGAAUGAAAACUGACAAAAGCAUGUUUACUUUGAAUCAAAAUUAAUUUGUCAUGAGGAUUUUAAUGCUUCUAUUCACAAUUCAAAAUAUAAAUACAGACGAUAAUAUGGUGGUCAAGUUUAUGUUAUUUAGUUGCCUUUCGUUAGACUUGAAAGUAGCAUUAAGCGCAAAAGUAAAUUUUAAUCGAAUAGGUUCAUGCAACACAUGUAGGAAAGCCCAGAAUUGUAAAAAAGAGACUGAAAUAUUGUCAAACGAUGUAAUUUCCUAGAAUAUUUUAUAAUUAUUUUUAUAACCUACUAAACAUCUACCACCAAUACUGUAUUGCAUGUGUACAAUGGAGGAUCUGAAGAAAAAACUUAUUUAAAUAUGAUUAUGAAAACAAAUUGAAUGAUUUAUAGAAAGUGAAGGAUUUUUUUUUGCUUCUAAGUAAACAAUUUUACAAUAUUAAUUAUUAUAAAUAUGUAGUUGUAGCUGGUAUGUUUACAUGAAUUAUUGUAUGAUAAAAAGUGUAUAAAAUGAAUUUUAAAGAAA